CUCGCACCUGCCAUACAGGUGAUAAUCACUACAAUGUCUUCUUUGAUCGGACCAUCAACAUUCAGAAUAGCAGGCUCAUCAAGAGGUGCUCUCGCUGUUCGCAGCAUUGCUUCCCGCAACCUUGCUUCCACAUCUUCGCCACCUCCAAUUUCGUCUCUAGAUGAAAAGAAUCCGUCCGAUCGCAUGAAAGCAUUCCGUGCUCGAUUGGCACAAGACGUAGGCGAUGAAGGUUUGACGAUUGAUGAAUUUUCUGUUGAUGAAAAUGCAGGAAAGAGUGCAGAGAGAGUACGAUUGGGUAGGACAGGUGAGCCCAGGCUACCUUCUUAUCUGAAAACAAGCAUUCCUACUGGAGCAACAUUUAACAAAAUCCGCAAAGAUGUCCGUGCUUUGGGUCUAAGCACAGUGUGUGAAGAGGCAAGGUGUCCAAAUAUCGGAGAAUGUUGGGGAGGAGAAGGAGGAAAGGAUAAAGCAACAGCCACGAUCAUGUUGAUGGGUGAUACAUGUACACGAGGUUGCAGAUUCUGUUCUGUCAAGACGUCGAGAGCGCCUGGACCAUUGGAUCCUCACGAGCCUGAAAAUACAGCAGAGGCAAUUUCGAGAUGGGGAUUAGGAUAUAUCGUUUUAACGUCAGUCGAUCGAGAUGAUCUAUUAGAUGGAGGUUCCGCACACAUAGCAUCGACGAUCUCACGUAUUAAGCAAAAAGCACCCAAGAUUCUGGUCGAAGCACUUGUUCCGGACUUCUCUGGAAGAGCUGAGGAUAUCUCUCGCGUAGCUAUUAGUGGUUUGGAUGUUUUCGCCCAUAAUGUCGAAACCGUAGAAAGUAGAACGCCAUUCGUUCGGGAUCGUAGGGCGAAGUAUCGUCAAAGUUUAGAGGUUUUGAAACAAGCCAAGAAAGCCAAACCUGGUUUGAUUACCAAAACGAGUAUCAUGUUGGGCUGUGGUGAACAAGAUCAUGAAAUCGAACAAACACUGCGAGACCUUCGUGCAGCAAAUGUCGAUGUUGUCACUUUCGGUCAGUAUAUGCGUCCAACCAAACGUCAUAUGAAGGUUGAGGCAUAUCUAACGCCAGAUCACUUUGCCCAUUGGCAAAAGGUUGCUGAAGAGAUGGGAUUCUUGUAUGUUGCCAGCGGUCCUCUGGUUCGCUCUUCUUACAAGGCAGGUGAAUUCUUCAUCAAGAAUGUAUUGGAGCAACGUUCAGCAGCUUCGGCUACACUCAUCGACUCAGACGCCUCAAAUGGAAAAGCUUCCGCAACAAUCUAGAGAGAAGUUCUAAUGUAGAUUUCUAUUGCAUAAUUGUACAAUUGAGCAUUUUAUGAUGGAAUAUAGAGUGUGUGUGAGAGUAUGUAUAGG